AUGGAUGAAUUAGUAACUAUUUUCAAUCGAGUCCUGCUAUUUGCAGGAAUAACAAUUUUUGACAAAAAGAACCAGAAUUCCAAGAAAUGGCUGCUCCUUCAGUAUGUCAACGUUUUCAUUGGAUUGCUUACUUUCGUCUUCACAACUGUGUUUGUUGUGUCUAACGCGUCCGACAUUUUGAUAUGUAUCCAAGGUGCUAGUGUCUGGAUAACAGGGGUGAUAAUGUUCAUAUCCCUUGCAAUCUGUUUACUUUUCCGAAAGAAGUUCUCAGCAUUUUUGGAAGAGAUGGUGUUCGUAGAUCAUAUGCUCGAAAUGCCAUUGAUACAGUAUGUUUGCCAAAUGCAAGUGAGACGAGGAAGAUUACGGGAGUUAAAGGAGUUAGUGAUGACUUCCCACGAGAAACUGUUCGAGUUAAUAAGGCUUCUGUUGAAAUCUUAUGUUGCUUCGGUUUGGUUUAGUGCAACUUUGUAUUUAUGCAGCCCGAUCUAUCGGAUGGGCGUUAGUGAAGACAAGUCGUUGCGGUUGUUAGCUUUCGACAUGUGGUUUCCUUGGGGGCUGGAGAACUUUGCCGUAUACGUUGCCUCGUUCAUGUUCCACGCAUACGCCGGGUACUUGUGCUGUGUUGCAUAUCCUGGCCUGCAAUCAAUGAUAAUUUUGCUGGUUGGUCAGAUUAUUCGCCAGUUAAGAAUUUUGACCUUCAUAUCAUUGCAUUUGGACGAGUUAGUAGAAGAACUGGUACAAGAAAGAAAAGAUUUAUGGCAGCCCGGAUGUACUUUGAUACUAUCACAGUGUGUAGAUCAUUACGUGAAACUCAAAAGGUUUGCAAAUAGAUUGAACAAAAUAACGCAGCCAUUUUAUCUAGCUUUGAUAUUGGUAGCUUCAAUGCUUGUAUGUGUGUGUUCAGUGAAAAUUGCAAUUUCGAACGAGAUUUCGAUUCCUAGUACCUACAGUUACUAUCAGAUAUUGGUGAUGAUAACCGGGCCGAAGGCCUAA